GCCUGCUUCUCCCGGAAGUGGAGCUUCUACGCCGGAUUGCCGCUCAGCGCCAUAGCUCUAAGGGCGCGCCCUUUCGGAAAGGGGAGGAGGGGCGGCAGGGGACCCCCCCCCAAAAAAAACAUCGAUGAAAGGAACGGAAAUGAGAAUCGGAUCGAGGACAAAGAGGUAAAGGGGUCGGGGGGGGGGGAGAGGGGAGAGAAGGACCCAGAGAGAGACUCUGUGGAAUUUACUCUGUGGAAUUUGCUGCCAAGGAGUGUGGUGGAGUCUCCUUCUUUGGAGGUCUUUAAGCAGAGGCUUGACAACCAUAUGUCAGGAGUGCUCUGAUGGUGUUUCCUGCUUGGCAGGGGGUUGGACUCGAUGGCCCUUGUGGUCUCUUCCAACAUUAUGAUUCUGUGAUUCUGUGACUCUGCGCCAGCUCCCCAAAGCGCCUUCCGUGGGCCCCACUGGCAGGGCCUGGAUUUCUGCACGGCUGCAGCGAAGGCGGCUUUCCUCGCAGGGGUGGACGUGGGGCCCCCACACGUGGUCCCACGAGGACUCCCUGGCCCCGUUUCCCCCGCGCACGCAUCCCUGGGGCCUGUGCGCUCCGCGCGGAGAGAGGCAGACCGUGAAAGGGUAAAGGGGCGCGAGAGACGCCUAGAUAGAGACCCCCCCUGUCCGGGAGGGAGGGAGGGGGCCAAGGGUGGGGGGGAGCCGGGGAAGGAGGGAGGGGAGCAUCCCCGGGGAAGGAAGCGCAGCAUUGGUGGGGUUGGGGGGAGGAGACGAGUCUUUGGGGAGACGUCUCCAUCGUGCGCCCACGAGGAAGCUCCGGAGGGGCCGCCUUGCCUUCUCCCUCCUGCGCAGGAAUCGGCCACACCUUCAAGGCGACCAGAGAGGGAUCCCUGGAAAGUGGGGGCUCCAGUCCCCCCACCCCUUCCUUCCUGCAAGCUCCAUCCUCUUCCCUCCCAUAAGCUCCUGCCCUGUCCAGACACAGCGAAUCUGCCAAGUCCAACCAUUGUUCACCCUGGAGAGGAGAGGAAAGAGGAAGAGAGGAGGGGGGAGGCCUUCUCAGAAGCGGCUCUUUGUUUCCGCAGUCCCAACCAGGAAGCAGCCAGAAACCUUUUCCUCUCUCUCAGGCUUUUAUCUUUAAGUGUCUUUUCCACUGCCUGGUUCAUUGAGGAUGAGGAAAAUGUACACCUGUCAUCAGAAACAGGGGUGCAGAACCUAUUUAAUUGAUCUCAGGAUUGAUAUAGAAGGUGCACCUCAAAGGCAUUUCUGUUCCUCUUACUUUUUAUAGGCAAUGUCAGAGUGACUGACAAGCUGAGAUACUUCCCAGUCAAAGGACCCAUUUUCAUGAUAGACAGUGCCUGUGGCUGGAGGCUCUACAGACAGGAUGUGCCUAUGCAGGUCAAAGACUGCCAGUAUUAGCACAGGUGAGCUGUGUGACCUUCCCAAAUUUACAGACUGUAUGUGAAUGAGAGUUUGUGGGUGGGAUUAUUGUUUACGGAAACCCUGUGAUUUUCUCCACCCAAAACAUUUUGUGACCUGAUAUUGCACUACGAAUUCCAAAAUAACUACAAAAAAAUCACAAGAUAAUACAAAUGAUUGUAGUAUUUAUACUCUGCCCAUCUGGUUGGGUUUCCAGUACACAUAAAAGACAGUAAAACAUCAAACAUUAAAAACCUCCUAAUACAGGUCUCCCUUCAACUAUCUUCUAAAUGUCAGGUAGUUGUUCAUUUCCUUGACCUCUGAAGGGAGGGUACCAGCAGAAGACCCUCAGAGGAGGACCUCAGUGUUCAGACUGAAGGAUGGGGUGGAGACACUCCUUCAGGUCUACAGGGCCGAGACUGUUUAGGGCUCUAGGUUGCAGAACUUGCUCCUUCAUAACGAUCUCCUAGACUGACAUAUAGUUAGCAGAGUAGGAAAAAACACUCAGAUCAGGAAUAAAUUCAUAUCUCAAGAAAUAACACAACUUCAGGUUGUUAAUGAAUCAGUACUACAUAUUCAAGGAUGAAGUUUCCACUAAGUACAGUUAUCCAUUUGCCUUUAAUAUCCAGCUUUUCACUGCCAGAUUAGGAUAGUCAUGUGUCAGAAGACGGUGCAAGAGAUAAGGCAGCACAUCAUUAUUAUAAGGAACAAUGGGGGAGUGUUUCCCAUUUGCCAGCUGCUUUCCUUCUGCUUCUUCUGUUCUCUCCAUGCAAUGCAAGGCAUGUAGACAGAGGUCCAUCUCCAAGAACAGGAGCUUCCCUGAGCACCCAUUCAGCUGACCCCAAGCACCAAGCUUUGUCACUAGUUCUCUGACUGACCCAGACCACAGUCCCUGGAAAAGAUGUAGACCUGGGUCUCAUAUAAUGGUCCACAUGGACUUCCUGAGGCCGUUGGGACUGUGCAGGUGAUUCAUGAAGGUCUAGAGGUGGAAACAGGGGUGGAUGGAGGAUUAUGAUGCCGAGGAUGGGAAAUGUCCAAAGGAACGAUGAACCAGAGACAGAGAGGGCCUUUUCAUGGAGAGAGAGUAGCUGCAUUUCCUGUGAGAAAACAAUUGAUGUGAAAAGGCUGUUUUCCAAGAUCAUGCUGCUUUAUUAAUGAUGAUAGAGGAUAAUGAAAGGUUGCUGAUGCAUUACUAUCAUUAGACAUCAUUGCAUCUUCAUUUCCUAAAAAUUCGGAACCUGGGUAGGGUGCAGGGGAAAUAUAGGACAUGUUGAAAUAUGAGGUGGUGCUAAUUGCAUCUGAUAUGCUCUCUUUUCCUUUGUUCUCUUCCUUGAAACCCAAACAGGAUUUCCUUUCCUCCCACGCUGAGGAGGGUCAUGGAGAAGAGAGACAGACUUCCAGGGGAAAGGGCACCUUUGGUUUCACUAGAUAUAGACAUUAAAAUGUGUGAAAUGUUCAACAUGCUUCAUUGAAUGAACACACAUAGCUCACAUAAACAAACCCCAAAAGUGGCGAAACCAUUUAAAGGUAUGGAGUGUGGAAAGACUUUCACUGAUAGAACACAUCAGCCGACUCACAUGGGCAAGAAAGGAUUCAAAUGCAAGGAGUGUGGGAAGAGCUUCAGUAAGAGUGGAAACUUCAAUAUACAUCAACGGACUCACACAGGGGAGAAACCAUAUGAAUGUAUGGAGUGCGGAAAGAGAUUUAGUGAUAAUGGAAAACUUAGAAGACAUCAAAAGACUCACACAGGGGAGAAACCAUUUAAAUGUAUAGAGUGUGGAAAGAGCUUCAUUCAGAAUGGAGACCUUAGAACACAUCAACGAACUCACACAGGGGAGAAACCAUAUAAAUGUAUGGAGUGCGGAAAGAGCUUCAGUAAGAGUGGAACCUUCAAUAUACAUCAACGGACUCACACAGGGGAGAAACCAUAUGAAUGUAUGGAGUGUGGAAGGAGCUUCAGUUUCAAUGGAAGCCUUAGAAAACAUCAGCGGACUCACACAGGGGAGAAACCAUAUGAAUGUAUGGAGUGCGGAAGGAGCUUUCGUAAUAAUGGAACCCUUAGAACACAUCAACGGACUCACACAGAGGAGAAACCAUAUGAAUGUAUGGAGUGUGGAAGGAGCUUUCGUAAUAAUGGAGACCUUAGAAGACAUCAACGGACUCACACAGAGGAGAAACCAUAUGAAUGUAUGGAGUGUGGAAGGAGCUUUCGUAAUAAUGGAACCCUUAGAACACAUCAGCGGACUCACACAGGGGAGAAACCAUAUGAAUGUAUGGAGUGUGGAAGGAGCUUUCGUAAUAAUGGAACCCUUAGAACACAUCAGCGGACUCACGCAGGGGAGAAACCAUAUGAAUGUAUGGAGUGUGGAAGGAGCUUUCGUAAUAAUGGAACCCUUAGAACACAUCAGCGGACUCACACAGGGGAAAAACCAUUUAAAUGCAUGGAGUGCGGAAGGAAAUUCAGUCAGAGUGGACACCUAAAUAUGCAUCAACUGACUCACACAGGGGAGAAACCAUAUGAAUGUAUGGAGUGUGGAAGGAGCUUUCGUAAUAAUGGAGACCUUAGAAGACAUCAACAGACUCACACAGGGGAGAAACCAUGUAAAUGUAUGGAGUGUGGAAAGGCCUUUCGUGAUAAUGGAACCCUUAGAGGACAUCAAGAGACUCACACAGGGGAGAAAUCAUAUGAAUGUAUGGAGUGCGGAAAGAGCUUCAGUUUCAAUGCAAUCCUUAGACGACAUCAACGGACUCACACAGGGGAGAAACCAUAUGAAUGUAUGGAGUGCGGAAAGAGCUUUUGUGAUAAUGGAAACCUUAGAACACAUCAACGGACUCACACAGGGGAGAAACCAUAUGAAUGUAUGGAGUGCGGAAAGAGCUUUUCUGAUAAUGGCAACCUUAGAAGACAUCAACAGAUUCACACAGGGGAGAAACCAUGUAAAUGUAUGGAGUGCGGAAAGAGCUUUCGUGAUAAUGGAACCCUUAGAACACAUCAACGGACUCACACAGGGGAAAAACCAUUUAAUUGCAUGGAGUGCGGAAGGAAAUUCAGUCAGAGUGGACACCUCAGCGUGCAUCAACUGACUCACACAGGGGAGAAACCAUGUAAAUGUAUGGAGUGUGGAAAGGCCUUUCGUGAUAAUGGAACCCUUAGAGGACAUCAAGAGACUCACACAGGGGAGAAAUCAUAUGAAUGUAUGGAGUGCGGAAAGAGCUUCAGUUUCAAUGCAAUCCUUAGACGACAUCAACGGACUCACACAGGGGAGAAACCAUAUGAAUGUAUGGAGUGCGGAAAGAGCUUUUGUGAUAAUGGAAACCUUAGAACACAUCAACGGACUCACACAGGGGAGAAACCAUAUGAAUGUAUGGAGUGCGGAAAGAGCUUUUCUGAUAAUGGCAACCUUAGAAGACAUCAACAGAUUCACACAGGGGAGAAACCAUGUAAAUGUAUGGAGUGCGGAAAGAGCUUUCGUGAUAAUGGAACCCUUAGAACACAUCAACGGACUCACACAGGGGAAAAACCAUUUAAUUGCAUGGAGUGCGGAAGGAAAUUCAGUCAGAGUGGACACCUCAGCGUGCAUCAACUGACUCACACAGGGGAGAAACCAUAUGAAUGAUUUGUUCUCAGGAGCUAAGUUCUGUGCCUCACUGUGGUCCCAGUCAUAACUUUUACUGAGCUUUGAAAGCUCAGUAAACUAUUACUGAAGAAGUCCUGCUGCCUGUGUGUGUCUUUUUGACCUCAGUGUGGCACUUGCUCUACAUGUGGCCCCUACCCUGCUGCUACUUAGCUCAUGCCCUGGAGUUGCUGUACUCAAGCACACAAGAUGGUUUUUGCACCAAACUCUGUCACCCCCACCACUACAUGAUCUCCAAACACUUCUUCUUCAACAGAACCUCAUCCCUGCCCCCGCGUGUUCUGAAGAAAACUUGAAAUACUGAAAUUGAAUGGGAGAUUCCCCCCCCAAGCCUAAGUUCAAGAGGGGGAAUAUGGGGCUGCAGGUACCAGGGAAGUCUCCUGGUGGGCCCAUCUUCACUCAUGAACCCCAUGGGUCAACCUGCUUAUUCUGGGGUUUGAGAAGCAGUUUAAAUGAAAAGAUUGCAAAAAGUGCUUUAUUUACAAUGGAGUGUUUAAGGAACAUCCAGGGACUUUCCCAUGGAAGAACCCAUUUAGAUGUAUGGAGUGCGGGAUGUUUUCCUUUCAGUGUCCACUCUUUCUUCACAGCAAUGAACUCAGCAGGAAAUCAGUCUUAAACACACGAUGUGUAUUUGAAGUUCUUGUGUUUAUAUGUAAAACUGAACAGCAAUGAAAUAUUGAAGGCAAUGUCAAACAAUGUGAGUAUAAUCUAAGUGGUAAAGUACCUUUUGAUAGAGAGGAUGAAUCUGGUUUGCUGGUGGUGAGUGAGGAUUAGGGCUGGGCGAUAUAUUGAUAUCUGGUACAAUACUGGUUUCUAGACCACAUCUCGAUAACCUUUGAAGAACAACUGAUAUGGCAAUACACUGUGAAUCACAGUGUGUGUUUCUGGGAUGUGCCUGCAAGCAGCGGCAGAAAGCUUUUCUUCAUGAAGCCCCUGAAUAUGCUGAGUUGCUGACUUCCCUCCAAGACGACGGGAAGUGAAAGACACACAUCCAUUGCCCUGUGUCCUUCCAGCCUCUUUCCUCCCUUGCUCCCUUCUGCCGGUGUGUGUGCCUGGCUUAGAUAUCCUGUAUGCUGUAUUUUUUUUACUGCUGAAACUGGAUUUGCUCUCAGGAGCUAAGUUUUGUGCCUCACUGGGGACGCAGCGAGAACUGUAUGCUUUGAAAGCUCAGUAAACUGUUACUGAAGAAGU